UGUUAUCUUAUGGGAGUAUCGGUUACCUGUACCAGUGUGUGUGUUUCUGAAGUCUCAAAGGCAGCAGAGGUGAUCCAGCUGGAGUUAUUGAAAGCAGAGAGUCAUGGAUGAGGAGUCCCAAGAAGACAUCGAGUGUCCGGUGUGUUACGAGAGUCUCACGGACAGUGCCAGGACCCUCAGCUGCGGGCAUCACUUCUGCCAUGACUGCUUAGUGCGAACCCUGGUGAACACCAGCCAGAACGGCUUCAUUAAACGGGAUACUAUCAUCUGUCCUGUCUGCAGACACCUGACAUUCAUCACAAAGCACCACGGAUUAACAUUUUCCCCGACUGAGGGCAAAAGGAUCGGAAGGACACUGGAAGUGCCACCCGUCCCCACUCCUGCGUUCCCAAGGAAUUCUGUUCACAGUUCUCACGGUGGAUGUCUCGGCUGUGUCGGCAGGUGUCUAAGGAGCAUUUCAUGUAGACUAUGUAGACGAAUGCUCGUCUGUCCUAAAGACGCAGAGGUGUUUAUCAUUAGUGAGUCGGGUCGACCCAUGACAGAAGGGGAUGUUAUUGACAUUGGGAUAGCUUCAGGCUGGCAGAGGGACUAUGGCAGUAAUGGACCGAGACUUUGCACCAUCUCCUGUUGCCUUCUGGUCUUAAUGAUCACUUUCACCUUAUUGGCCCUCGUGGCUGCCACACUUCCAUGGGUUCUGCUGGCAUAAAGGCUCCAGAACUGUUACCUUGUGUACGAUUUAAACGAUUAGUAUGUAUUAUUGUGUUAAGCCAGGCUUUCUGAAAAAGAGAUGCGUUGGCUGGUUUCACUCGGUCACAAUGAAUGUUUUAUGAAGAACAGACGGUUAUUGUGAGAUCGUUUCCAAGGCUUGUUCUGACAUGUCUUGGAGGGAGGCAAUGCUGAAGAUUUAAUUACAGAAACAAAGUCAUUGUAUAGUAUUACUUAAUGGAUAAACAAGUAUUUUGUUCUGGAACUGAAUGGUGGCUCCCUUGAGUUACUGAGGAGACGGGAGACGUUUAAACCUCGAGAAGCAAAGAUGAGAUUGUCGACUGGAUGUCAUUUGAUCUCGGAGAAAGAAAGACUGUGGGAUUCAGUUACAGCUACUGUGGACAUAUAGCAGGGUUGAGAAUGGAGAAAAAGGAAGGGUGUGAUGAUGAGGCUUUACUUUGAGCUUUUCUUGACUGCUUGCAAUGCCUGUAAGGAAUGAUACACACCCUCUCUUGACCAGAAAUUCUUGUAACGCAGGUUAGCGAUGACAUGACUGAUACCUCACAUUCUGGAGGGUGUUUGUGACACGUACCAGUGCAGCAAUGCAUACUUGAACCCUUAAAAAUAUUCAUGUUUAUACUGUCUCCUCCCAGAGGACAAAUUUUAUUGCUCAGAAGUUUCUUUCAUGGCUUAGGUGCCGUAAUUGAUUUCUCAGUUUUAAACAUCAAUUUGUUUAAUGUUUCUCCUAAAAAAAAAAAAAAAUAAGAACUUUUUUUUUCAUUCAUUUAUUUCAUAGGGAAAGCGUUAUAAGCACCAAACCAAUCAGAGGUGAAUCAAACCAUUACAAAAGUUUAUUUGAAGCAUAAAAGUAUUUGAAAGUAAAUAAAAAAAAAA